AUGGAAGGCCGCCAGCAACACAACGCCUACAUACAGUCGAGAUAUUACAGGGCCCCUGAGAUAUUGCUGGGUCUACCAUAUGGGCCCCCCAUUGAUAUGUGGUCGUUGGGCUGUGUUCUGGCGGAGCUGCAUAAAGGCACGCCGCUGUUUCCAGGGGUUGAUGAGGAUGACCAGUUGCAGACAAUUGCUUCGUUGCUGGGCUUUCCCCCUACAGACUUGAUCCUACGAUCCCCACGAUCCGCGGUAUUCUUUGAAAAGAAUGCAGAAGGGGGAUUCUCCUUUCUCAAAGCCCGCUCAAGCAGACAGAACAGGGAAACACCAAACUCCUGUGGAUCGCACUGCCGCACACGCCUUGAAUGUGCACUCAGCCCCGCAGAAAGUUCCUUUGUAGAUUUCCUUAAAGGGUGUCUCCGGUGGGACGCGGACGACCGCUUGACGCCACGGGAGGCGCUUCAACACCCGUGGCUUAAAGAACUCCGCGCGCCGCGAGAGCGCCAGGAAAAGUAG